CCCACUCGGCCAUCACCCAUCACCCAUCACCCAUCCGUGUGCAUGUUUACCACCUCAUCUGGAGGCCAGCGCUUGGGGAAAGACGGGCCUCUGUUUUUAGGGGGCAUAGUUCAGGUUGAGUUGGAUCAGGGUUUGACAGUUUUUUCCGGCUUGUGCGCAGAGUUACAGGUUCCCAACCAUCUCUGCUGCUUAACCUAGAUGCAGGUCACCAUGAGCCCCUCGACUGUCACCACCUCCCUCCUGUUCCUGCUGGUGGGGGCCUGGGCUGGUGACCAGACCCCCCGGAAAGUGUUCUUGGAUAAGGAAGAAGCGAGUGCCGUGAUUACCCGUCAGAAGAGAAACCAGCCCUCCAAUCUAGAGAAGGAGUGCAUGGAAAAGUUAUGUACUUACGACGAGGCCUAUCGGUUCUUCCAAGAUACAUAUCGCACAGAUAUUUUUUGGUCUGUCUAUGUUGAUGGAGACCAGUGUAUCAGCAACCCCUGUCAAAAUGGAGCUCUGUGUUCAGACAGUGCAGGAGGCUAUGACUGUGUGUGCAAGUCUGGCUUCUCAGGGGCACACUGUGAAAAAGAUGAGACUAUCUGCCCCACCGAGAAGGACCAGGGCUGCUCUCAGUUCUGUAAACCUGGGUAUAGCUCUUAUGAAUGCUCCUGUGCUGAGGGCUGGAAAAUCAGCCGAACUGACAAAAACAAAUGCGAACCUGCAGUGUCAAAUGCCUGUGGCAAAGUGAGCAACUUUCAGUGGGAAAGCAGACAGAAAAGAAACAAGGACAACAACUUCCAGGGCCUGGAUUGUCUUAAUUCCGAAUGCCCUUGGCAGGCUCUGCUGAAGAGUGGAGAGUCUGAUGGUUACUGCAGUGGUGUCAUUCUCAAAUCAAACAUGGUCCUGACUUCUGCUCAAUGUGCCAAUAAAUACAGCAAUUUUCAGGUAGUGGUCGGUACACGCAAGACCACUCCUGAAGAUGGUGAGCAGGUACGGCUGUACACUUCAGUUCACGUCCAUCCUCGCUACAUCACAGGACGCCCUGAAAACGAUCUGGCGGUGAUCGAGCUCCGUGACACCAUACGAUUUAAGACAGACGUGGUGGCCGCGUGUCUGCCCGAGCGUGACUUUGCCGACCAUAUCCUGGCAUCUGGACAAUACCCUGCUGUGGUGACCGGGUGGAAGGAAACCCCAGAACAAAGCACCUUCCAGGGCCCUCUCACUCUUAACCAACUGGCUUAUGAGCCUCUCUCAAAAUGCAUGGAGACCUACCCCAUGAUAAUGACAAAUAAAAUGGGCUGUACGUCGCCGCGGGUCAAUGCAGACUGUAGUAUGAGUUUGGGAAGCCCCCUGCUAACGUUGUACAGAGACGUCUUCUUCCUCACUGGGAUCAUCACUAAGCCUGCAGAUGCGGACUGCACCAAAGGCUACAUUUUCCAGAAAGUGUCUCGCCAUCUUGACUGGCUGCAACCCUUAAUGGGCUCACGUUAUACGCAUUAGGAAAUUAUGUAUGUGUGUGCAUUUUAUCCUGACCAUCUCAUGCAGCAGUUAGCGUUAAUUUGAAAUCCAUUUAGUCAUCCCUUGUAAUUGCUUGUCAUUUCCUCUGGACUUUCUAACAUAGACCACAUGAGGGCACUAUCAUGAUAUGUUACAGGUAAUAUAAAGUAGUUGGGAGCAGCAUCAAUAUUAUUUUAGUAUGUGUUUUUUAAUAUGGACGUCCUUUAAAAAUCUUUAAGUGGCAUUAGCCAGUCAAUAUGCACCUUGUAAUUCAAACACUGGUAAUCACUGUCUUUGAAUGUAUUAAAUCCUUGUUACCCCUGAA